AUGACUCUCUUCCUCUCCACUGUACUAGAAACUGUUUCAGUCGUACAAAGGCAAAAUAUAUCAAUGAGGUUCACAGGCGCGCAUGUGAUAACAAGGCAUAUUGCCACCUUUCCUGAACGUACUUCCUUCCUGCCCAUCGAAUCGGCUGCUUGUUUAUUUAAUGUUGUAUCAUGUUGCAAUCUAAACUCAUCUCAGCUUGGUCUAUGGAAAGUUAUGAAAUGUGAUACCGUGGGUAGAACGGCGGAGACUCUCAAUGUCACACAAGAGGAGAUCGAGAGACUCAACCCGGGUUUGAUGCCUUGGUUUAUUACACCGGGCGGUCUCUAUACAGUACCGUAUAACCCAGUCAUACAAUCUCCGGCGACAUGGUCUACAACUCAGAAUUGCACGCCUGUGCUUCAAAUAGGGUACACAGAAUGCAGUCAAUUUCGCUCCACCAGAACAUCAGGUUCCUUGGCUGAGAAAAAUACUCAGAUUACGACUGCGAAAAGCACAAAUAAAGAUGGUGCAACUAAAACUUCUAUGUCUAUUAUAGUGACUCCAGCAACAGUGUCCCCUGCCCCUUCUAUCAUGCAAACAGGCAGCCCCCUCUGCUAUCGUGAUGGCAAGCGCGCUAAUGAAGAAGCCGUUGUCAUGGAAUUUGUAGCCGAUUUUGCUUGCAAGGCUAUGAUUAACGAGAAAGUCACUUUACAAGAUGAAAUAGACAAUCGCUCCAUCCUCAUGGCUUUUGGGAAUGAAGAUGAUUUGCAUCAUUAUUUUAGCAUACGCUGGACGGCUGAUUGCACAAGUCCACAAAAUGUAACACACAGCUGUUCGCAGAUCAUGUAUAAAAAUUGGGAAGUUUGUAAGUGA